AUGAUUGUGCCCAAGGUGAGCCUCGGCGGCUGCACAAGGACCAGUAGCGCGCUGUGUGCGGGUGCUGGAGACAGGAAUCUGGAAGCGUCAUACCGCACCACCCUAAGCCCGACCGGGAACCUGAUAGUCGCUGUGUGUUUGGGCUUUAUUGGUACAUUCGGAUUCCUCAACAACCUCCUGGUUCUCGUCCUCUUCUGCCGCUACAAGGUGCUGCGCUCGCCUAUCAACCUGCUACUAAUUAACAUUUCCUUCAGCGAUCUGCUUGUGUGUGUGGUGGGCACUCCGUUCAGUUUCGCGGCAAGUACGCAAGGAAGAUGGCUCAUAGGAAAAAGUGGAUGUGUGUGGUACGGCUUUGCCAAUUCACUAUUUGGCAUCGUGUCCCUCAUCUCCCUGGCCGUGCUCUCCUACGAGCGCUACAGCACCAUGAUGGGCCCAACCAAGGCCGACUCCACCAACUACCGGAAGGUAGCCUUGGGCAUUGCUUUCUCCUGGUUCUACUCCUUGAUGUGGACCCUGCCGCCGCUCUUCGGCUGGAGCCGCUACGGCCCCGAGGGGCCCGGUACCACCUGUUCCGUGGACUGGAAGGCCAAGAGUGCCAACAAUGUCUCGUACAUCCUCUGCCUCUUUGUUUUCUGCCUCAUCAUCCCCUUCCUGGUCAUAGUCUACUGCUAUGGUAAGCUGUUGCAUGCAAUCAAACAGGUUAGCGGCAUCAACACAGCUAUGAGCAGGAAGAGGGAGCACCGUGUUCUUGUCAUGGUAGUUGCCAUGGUGCUAGUGUACCUGAUGUGCUGGAUGCCCUACGGGGUCAUGGCCUUGCUGGCCACCUUCGGACGCCCCAGCCUGGUCACCCCUGAGGCCAGCAUCGUGCCCUCGGUCUUGGCCAAAACCAGCACGUUCAUCAACCCCGUUAUCUAUAUCUUCAUGAACAAGCAGUUCUACAGGUGCUUCCGAGCCUUGCUGAGGUGCCAAGAGCCCCAGAGGGGUUCCAGCAUCAGGAGCUCCUCCAAGGCGCCGACCAAAGCUGUCCGUGGUGGCACCCACAAAACCAACGACAACAACUUCACCUUCGAGGUGGCCUCCCUCGGGCAGCCCAUCAGCAUGGUCCCCCAGCUGGGGAACGCAACUGUGUACACAGCCAUCCCCGCUUCCUUUGACAUGGUCAAGCCCAACAUGGUGUCGCUAGUGGCCCACUACAACGGCGAAGGUCUGGGGCCGUCAGGGGUUACGACCUCUAGGAACCAAUUACAGGGAGGGAGGUGGAUCCAGAUGGGCCGUCAAAGUGGAUUUAGUGCUGUUACGAAGCUUGCCUCUUGCCGGUAUGAUGGACAGGAGGCAUAGAGGGAAAUCUUUAAAAGCCUCCUGACUCUUCGGAAGUGGAGCCAUUGGAGCUACUAGUCCAUCUUGAGGAAGGACAUCAAUCUGUCUGGCUCUGCACAAUGUUAUACAUAUUUUCGCCAUUUACUAUCUCAAAUACGCCUAUGGACUGAGAGUGGGGAGAAAAGGGUGUGAAGAAACCCUUUAUUUUUUACAAUUUCUAAUGUUUUGUCAAAUAUAUUAGUUCUAUGAAAUGUCAUGAUGCGAUUUCACCGUCUGUACCUUUACAGUACAAAGAUAAAGAGCGAUGAAGAGUGCAUUUUUGUAUUGAUCUGAGAUUGGAAUCACAGAUUGAGGAAACUCUAUUGUAUUCAAGUAUUUUCAGGAGAGUUAUCAAAAGUGUUAAGAUGACAAAGCGCUAAUGACAAAAAAAACCCACUAAAGGUACUGAUGGGAUUGUACUGUUAAUGAUUUUUUUUUUUUUUGAAUGCUGAACCCAG